AUGAAACGCUUACUUUUUCUUUUUAGUCUUGUUUUAUCGCAACUAGCAGCUGUCGACUAUUAUCAAAACUGGUACCCAGAGAUCACCCAAAAGUCCCAAGUUGACCAAUCUGGUGGAAAUUCAACACUAGUCGGAUCUGUUGCUCGAGCCCUUGGGAACGGAAGAAUCUGCUGGACCUGCGACACCGACGCUGGAUACACGGCUUGUCUGGCGGACACGAUUCAGAAUGGAGAUGCACUCCGACAUGGAGCCUCGUACUGUCAGGGUGAGGACUAUUUUUGCUUCAUCAGUGAGCGGCGAAUCAUCCGACACGACGAGAACGACUUCAACUUCGAGUACGGCGCUCCUUGGUCCGCUGAUGAAGCCAGGCAUCAUCAAGAACGACUCAACGGCUUCCCAGCCAAUUCAGAUGGCGCGAUCAAAGUAACAAUGGGUUGUCAGCAACCCCUAAGCUGUCUAAGACAGCAAUGGCAAAACUACCAAAUUGUUAUGGGCAAAUCUUUCUAUCACGGGUACAAUGCAACACUGGUAGAUGAAGCGUAUGUUCCAGCAGGAUCUCAGACGGAAGUCAGAAGCGGACUUUGCCGCCACUACCGGGCGUGGCAGGAUUAUGCUAGCGGAAUACCGAGCGGUUCAAUUAGCGAUUCCUGGCGAAGAUUUUCGUGGAUGGAAGAAGAUACGCAAAGUGGAAAUGGAAAAUCGUCGCAAAAUGGUUGGGGAGAUCGGCGAUUUGGGUCAAUUGAACGAUGGCAACACCGAGGCAAGGGAACUGAGAGUGUUUGCUACUAUUGCUGCGAUCCGUAUUUGGACUACAAUGCUAAAGGAUGCAAUCACGUUGCAGCAACGGCGUUCAAAAGUGCGGUUGGAUCUUCAGGACUACUCAAUGGAUCACCGGUUGAAGGUAAUAUCUUCUUAGCGCAACCAAGCAAUUCAAAAUCUUCUGUUUGGUCUGGACCAAGUCAGUACCACGGUGCAUUCCGAAAUCCUCACACUCAAGUUGCCAAAGAAAGUCUUACAUAA